ACGCGCAUCCUCCAUCAUGUAACCAGCUGAAAACGAUGGAGCAGCAGGUGGAGAACCAAAGUCAGCUGUUCAGCGCCAACACGGCCACGCUGCCGGCCAAACUCAUCCUGGGGGUGGGUGUUGACAACUUUAUUUCUCUUCUCGUAUUUGGACUCAUUUUCAUUCUGGGUGUGCUCGGGAACACCUUGGUGAUCACCGUGCUGGCGCGCAGCAAACCGGGACAACCGAGGAGUACCACCAACAUCUUCAUCCUGAACCUGAGCGUGGCGGACCUGUCCUACCUCCUCUUCUGCGUCCCCUUCCAGUCCACCAUCUACAUGCUCCCCAUCUGGGUGCUCGGAGCGUUCAUCUGCAAGUUCAUCCACUAUUUCUUCACCGUGUCCAUGCUGGUCAGCAUUUUCACUCUGUCCGUGAUGUCCGUGGACCGCUACGUGGCUAUCGUACACGCCAGGAAAGCCUCUUCGAUUCGGGUGGGGAGGCACGCAACGCUCGGGGUGGUACUGAUCUGGGUCGUGUCCCUAGCCAUGGCUGCUCCCGUGGCGCACUACCAAAGCAUCGUGGAGAGGGACGACAAUAACACGUUCUGCUGGGAGGUCUGGCCGGACCACCACAGAAAGGUCUACGUGAUGUGCACCUUUGUGUUUGGUUACCUCCUGCCUCUCACUCUCAUCUCGGUUUGCUACGCAAAGGUUUUAAAACAUCUCCACAAAAAGCUGAAGAAUGUCUCCAAAAAAUCCGAAUUGUCCAAAAAAAAGACUGCUCAGACCGUCCUGGUGGUGGUGGUGGUCUUCUGUCUGUCCUGGUUGCCCCACCAUAUAGUCCAUCUGUGGGUGGAGUUUGGCUCCUUCCCCCUGAAUCAGGCCUCCUUCGUGUUCAGGAUGGUGGCUCACUGCCUGGCCUACAGCAACUCCUCUGUCAACCCCAUCAUCUAUGCCUUCCUGUCCGAGAACUUCAGGAACUCCUACAAGCAGGUGUUCUGGUGCCGGGCGCCCAUCGAGUGCCCCCUGAAUGAAACCAGAGACCAGCGCAGCCGAAUGGAGGCGGUGCCUUCCACGAACAUCAGCGUGACUCAGAAAGGUCCCAACUGUCAGAUCAGUAAAAUGCUCUGAUGCCGUCACUGAUGCCCCCCCGAGGACGUACAACACUGAUUCUCACCUGACAUUGAAAAUACUGUAGUGAGCAUGUUUAAAAAGUUGGGACAGUACUGGGGACAAAACAGUGAAUCCCACAUUUACUGAACUGCAGAGAAGUGUGGAGAAAAAUAUUUCCUGUUUUGUCUCAUCAGCUUGGUUUUAAUUGAAGAAAAACCCAGUAAGGCCCCUGAAAUAACCCGAAACUGUCUAAAUAAAACAGAAUUUUACUGAAAAUGGACUCAUGAAAGUUUCACUCAUUUGAUGAGCUUUCGAUGAGUAAAGUUAAAGUUA